CAUUCUCCCAUAUUCUCCAUCAGAUCAUAUCAGACGGGACACAUCUCCAGUUUGUGCGUGAAUCGAACCCCUUUUAGCCGUCCAUCUGUUUGAUAGAUAAUCCAACGGUGUUAGAUUCACGCACAAAAUCGUGAUCAGUCUCCUCUAUCAACACCUUAUCUUUUUUUUUUUUUGUUUAAUUUUCUGAAUUAGUUUUACUUUCCAAAAGGAAAAUAUUAGCUUUUUGGCGCCAGUUUCGAUUCACAUUUCCCUCUCAAUCAGUUUUUGUUUCCCUCCAGACUCAAAAGAAGAAGAGAGAAUUAGCGAAGAGAGGAAGAAUCCUGGAAAAUUUGGGAAUCGGAUCGAAUGGAUUCGGGUUUGGACUCGGGCUUGGAUUCGGGGUCAACGGAGGUCUACGAGACGGACGUGGAGCUUCUGAAGAGGGCGUGGCGGCAGGAGAAGGCCGCUCCGGAGAUUCUUCAGUUCGAGAGUGCUUUGGUUCGGAGAAUCGUAGAGCAGAUCCAAUUGAUGGAAGAAACUGUAGAGGAGUUCACUGAGAGUGGUAUUGAUCCGCUUACCGUAUCACUCUACCAGAUGGAUUUGGACAGGACUCAAUUCUUGUUGAGAUCUUAUUACCGAAUUCGUUUGCAGAAGAUUGAGAAAUACAUGUUUCACAUCCGGGAUAAUGCCGAAAGCCGUCUCUCUGAUAAGGAGAAGGUGUUUGUUGAAAGAUGCUGUGCUGAUUUGCAGACGCAUCUUGAAAGGAGCGUUCUGUUGCAGUUGCCUUCUACUUAUCAGUCUGUAUUCCGUCAAUCAAGCGAAAAGGAGACUGACAUGGUGCCAAGACCGCAUUUGGAUACAUUUGUUGUCUGCAAAACCAAGUACUAUCUUGGACAUAUCCAGCUCGAGGACAAUGCAGAUGGAGAAUCAGAUAGCAGUGCGAGCCAGAGACCAUUGGACGAACCGUUUGAAAUGGAGCCUAAUGUGUUAUACUUUGUACGUUAUAAAGCAGUGAAGAAAUUCGUAGAGGAAGGGAAGAUUGAUUUAUACUGAGCACCAUCUAGCACCUCACUGCUUGGCCGGUUUCUUCAGAAGCUAAAAAGAAUAUGCAAGUCAUGGGAGUGAGUUUCUGAGCAACAUCCCGUGCUUCUACGUAGAAUGUUGAAAAUGAUGAAAUCCUCAAAUCAAAGAUGAUUCUGCGGUCUCUCCGCCUUACUGCUUUGCAACAUUUGUUUGGAAACUAUUGAUGUUGCGGUGCCUUUCUUUCAAAAGAAACUAUCAAUGUGCAAGUUAGGGGAGCGAUUUUCUCCCUAGCAAGAUCUGUAUGUACUCUUCGUUUAUCAUUGGCUAAGAAUGUUCGUUGUGCGCAA